AUGCCUGACGGGGUAUCUUCCAUGUUCCUAUCUGACCUCAAGCAUCUUCCAGCUCCCAGAAACAUGAAGGAAGAGCCUACCCGAAUGCACUGGCAUGAGACAACUCAAGGCUACAUUUGCAACUGGGGUUCUUCUAACCAGAAGCGUAUCAAAGCCGAAGAAAAGAAGAAAGACCAGCUGCGUCGUAGCGCACCGCAUCGAGCCUGGCUUAAUUCGCCGCCAGAUUCCAGGGUAGUGCCUCCCAACAUCUAUCUGCGUCCCGCAGAGCUCUGUGAUGCUUCCUGGAUUUUGGACAUUGUGAAUUGGUAUGUGGAGAAUUCACCCUCAAGCGAAGACACCCAGCUUUGGAAUGAGAGCGAUUAUGAGAAGCUUCUUGAUUUUUGCCGCAAUGAAAAGCUUCCAUUUGUCGCUGCUGCUCAGCGCACAGAGGUCCGUCACAGCAAGAACCAGAUUGACCCUGUGAUUGGGUACGCCUAUGUCAAAUAUCACCGCUACAGUACGAAUGCCGACUCCCAGAUGGGCGAGCUGCAGGUUUUCGUCCAAAAGGACAGACAGAGGCAACACAUCGGGCGGGCUCUUGUUGACAUGGUCCUCUCUUGCUAUGAUGAUAUUCCUACAAAGAGUGAGGACUACAGCUUCGACCAAACCGGCACUGUGCAGUACGGGGCCGGCUACGGCAGAAGCCUGACCACCCUGGUCUGCUCGCUCGCCUACCCCUCUGAAGUACAGAAGAGGCAUUCCUGGCUAAAGGAGUGGCUACGGAAAGAUUUCAAUUUCCAAGAAAAGGGCAUAUUUGAAGGUGCUCGAGUGAAGUUUGGUGCAAGGCAUGUCUUUUCCCCCCAUCUUCAUUCUGGGAUUUUUCUACUCACACGGCUUUUUAGUUUUGACAUUUGCUAUAUGGCUCGCCAAAUGGACACCCCGCACAUGAACGAGGUUAGCAAAACAAGUUUGGUGCGACAGCUUCGGUGGAACUUUGAUGAGGAGGAUCUCAUCGAUCUGAGCUCAUCUUAG